AUGUCAACUUCAAACGAGCCUCCUGUUAAAGUACAAGUUCUGUACCUUGUGAGAAGAAAAAAGGUAAGCCGUUUACUGACGAUGUUUCACUUGCAUUUUGCGCUUCUUUGGCUCUCGAAAUUGGUAUCACUAGCAACCCGUCCCUUCUCACACAACUCUUAUCUGGAGAAGUUUACGGUGAACUUAAACUGAAUGAUGUAUAGAAAGAUGCAUUUAACCCAAGGUUUUAAUCUCAAGAAGAUCAACGAGCUUUCAUCUGACUACCGUUAAUUAUCGUUGGUCAGCCGCGUUUGCCGAUUGUUUAUCUUUGUACUAAUUUCUAGACGACGUUUGUUUUUUCUCGUUAUGAACAGUGGGAAACAAAAGACGUUAGCGUGAGUGGAUUCGACGGAAAAUGUAAGUGUUCCCUUCUUCCUUAUAUUUAUCUCCAUAUGGAGUACAUAUGCUUCAUGGACACGGUUUCAAUUCAACGCCACAACCAAAUUAGUACGCCUUGGUUCGAUGAGUGGUAAUUGUUUUUGGGAUCGCCCACUCUCUUAUCAACGGCAAUGACAACAAGUUAUUUAUAAACAUCUUACAGUUGGAAAUAAGAGCGAAAGAAAUUUUUGACCACAAGUUGCCUUUUGAAAUCGGCGAUUCGCGUUUAGAUUAAGUACGAUCUUUGAAGUGCGAAGCAUUUCAUUUUGAUUUUGUCAAUCAAGUUAAUUCUAGCGAUCGAAAUGACACCUGCAAGAACUUGCUCAAUGGUUUUGCGAUUGAGAAACUAUACACAGUUCAGAAAGUGGUGGGAUUGCUUGUUAUGAUGUUGUCUGUGCCCCACUCACCCCCGGCCCACAGACUGUUUCACCUGGCUGUUUGUAGCUUCUUUUCUCACAAGUAACCAAGUAAAAUGAACAGAAAGUCAGACAAAGAGUACCUUAGAAGUGAAGAUGGUUCAUUUUGAGCCUCAUUUAAAGAUGGAAUUUCUUGCAAGAGGCAGAAUGAUAUACCCAUGAGAUAAAUCUUAAGUUUUCCAAAGUAGUGCUGAAUGUCAUGAUCCUCUAACUAUUUUUAACUACCUUAAAGCUACAUGAGGGAAGUGACAUAAAUAACCAAAAUGCUGCAACACGCAUGGCAUUAAGAUACUGUAACAAGUCUUGAUCUGCUACAAACUGCUCUGUGUGCUUCACUUUCUAGUCAAGUUACUGUAAGAUAUUUCAUUACUGUGAUGAAAGCACAAAUUGAUAGAAAUUUGACUUGUCAUGGAUUCAAAAUUAUGAAUGCCAUAAUCUGUCACCCACUAAAAAAUAUUCCAUUUUUCACUUUAGUCAUAGUCUUAAGUCAUAGUCAAAACUCCGUCUUCAUUUUUUGAUCAUUGCAUUCAGACUUGAUUUGGUUCCACCAAAAUUCAUCUGUAGUUUGUAUUGAUACUUAUAAUUUGUUCAACAAUCAAGAGCCACUCUUUUGGAUGAUAAUAUCCCUAUUCUCUUAGUAUUAAUGUUUGUUUUAGCAAUGAUACGUCCAGAGAGGAUAUGAUGCCAAUCAUUGUUGGAGAUUAAAGGAUUAAGAUUAUGCCUAGAUAACGGGGAGGAAAAUUUGAGGAAAUAGUUGUGAUCAGAAGGGUAUUGAUUUGAUCUAAUUCCAAAUUCUUUGAACUUGCCUACAAAGAAGUGUAUAGGAACUUUCACAGAGAGUGUCCACCAUGAUCUUAGGAAUGAGGAGGACAGAAAGAAGCCCCUACAGGGGCUUAUAUGAAUUGCUAUGGUUUUACAGAAAUCAAUAACAGCCACAUUUGUUUUUUAAUCUUGCUUAGGAUUAGUGUGAUUAACAAUAAUUUGAAUAUUUAACAUGCCUUUUGCUCAUCAGGUCAAAUAAAAGUUGAAUCAACAGCAAGGAAAAUCUUGCGACAAAAAACGAUGGAAAUUGAAUUGUCAGGGAACAACUUCUGUGUGGUAGAGAUGGGUACAGCAGGUUGUCAUAGCAAUGUGAUUGGACUUUUAUGUAUGAAACGGGACUCCAAAAUACAAGGGCAUUUCUUUAAGUCCCAACACAAGGAAAUACUCAACAACUUGAUGACCAUACUCAGAGAGUGCUGUAGAGGUGAGAGAAGUGUUUUGUUCAUGAUUUAAGUUGCCAAUUGCUAUUGAAAGAAUUAACAACAUUGAUGUGAGACAUCACUUGCUUGAAACACUUUCAGCAGCUAUUUAUUGUGACCAGUUUUGAGAGAUAAAUUUUUCUUUUUGCCAUUUUCAAAAGUAAUGAUUUUCCUACAUGUUGAUUGAUUUUAACUCAAAUAAUAAAACAAGUGGGAAGAUAUCUGACAUGGCCUAUGAAUAAGAAAACAAAAAUGGUCAGAAACUUUUUUUACAUCCAUAUCUUAUUUUGAAUUUAAAUUUCUGCAAUUUAUUGAGUAUCAUUAUUUGUGCAAACAAAGAGCCUUGGAUAAUCCUGACAUAUUUACUUAUAAUCUAGAUAGAAUUUGUGGAUCACCAGAGCCAAUAACUGACAUUUUUAGAGUCAGGCAAGGAUAGUAUUGCUUUAGCAUAUUCAGUCACUUCCCACCUUAACUAAGGAGACAGUAAAACAAUCAAACACCUGUUGUGAUAAGGUUAUUAUUCAAACUUGUGCCUAAUUGAAUACUUAAUGGUGGUACUUAAUAGUUGCACCUGUCUUGUGAAGCUUUGAGACUUUGUCAUUAAUUUGUUUGUGUGUUAAUUUGUAGUUGAUUCAUUUGAUGUGAACUUGGAUGAAGACCUGAACUGUUUCCCUUCUCAGUCAACCAAAGCCCAACUUCAUGUCUUCCAUGACAAGAUCUGUUUGUCAUCAAACUCUGGUUUUGAUUUCAAACUCUUGUGUGAAUAUCCAUUGAAUUCCCUUUCAAACUGGCAACAAGACCCAACAAACGUGACACUGACCAUAGUGCACAAAGGCAAAGAAGAAAAGCUGCUUUUAAAGACUGACAAAGGAAGGGGUAUUUGUGCAAAGUUAUCCUCAUCUGUUCGAGAAGGAUAUCAAGGAGUACAACAAUGUGAUGGCAAUUCCAAUAUUAUCACAAUACCUUCAAGGAUAAGCAAAAGUUGUGAAAUUUUGGAUCACCUGCAUCGUCGUACCAGACCAAAAGCAAAUUCAAUGUUAUCCUCAAAGAGAAAACCAAAACCAAAGUCCCAACUUACCCCUGAACUGAGCAUGGACACCAAAGAUUUUAAACAGAACUACCCUGAUCCAUGUUUUGCUGGCCCUGGACAUUUUGAAAGUAACGUGACUGUAGAAAGCAAGGUGAAACUUACAGCUCUCGAGAUUUGUGAUGAAACAAAUGGUCAGAACAGCUGUUCGUCACCCAGUGACGUACACGACAAUGUGACUCUACAACCUUCUCCCCCUCCAAUUCCACAAAGACAAGCCAAACAAAAUUCAGCAAAGGGUGGUGAAUCUCUCCCAAGAGCGUACACAUUACCACCCAGCUUUCGGAUUGUGUCCCAACUGGAUGUUGGGAAAAGGCAGCACCUUAAAAGUGAGAUAUCAUCUAAGGGAAUAAAAACUGUUGAAAUUAAGGAGCUUGUUCAACCAAUACGUGUAGAUCCUCUUUAUAGAAAUUUUGGAAACCAUUGUGAUUCAUACACAGGCUUAAAGAUAAAUGUGGAAACAAAUAAAACAUCUGAAUCAUGUGGUGUGUGUUCACCUGAAGGAGAGGAACAGGAUAUUUUUAGCAUGGCAGGAAGUGAGGGAGGUUCAGAACCUUGUGUGGAGGAGCCUACAGUUAUGCAAAACAGGGCAUCACCACAACCUUUCAUGAUGUCAGAUUCUGUUCCAAACUCCCAUGCAGAUAGGAAAAUUCAGGAUGAAGAUAAAGAACAAAGUUCAGAUAGUACCUGUCACUAUGUGAACUUGCCUGAAGGGUCAAGACCAAGCUGUUAUCUUUACAUGAAUCUUCCUAAUUUGAAGACAGCACCCAAAGAGGCAGCUGUUUAUGUUAAUCAUGUGUUUAUGAGUCACAGUAUGCAAGGGAUUUAUGAAAAUGUCCAACAGUUUUACAAUGAGAAGUUAGAAGAGUGUGGAGCUCCACCUGUUCCUCCACCAGUGCUUAAACCUCGCCAGCCUCCUCCGAGAUUACCAAAAAGGGCGUGUGGAGGUGGGCAAAGAGUACAGCCAACACCCCCCAGGAGUCCGCCACAUAUGGGGGCUCCUCAUUCACCACCUCCACCCCGUCCACCCAAAAAACAUGGGGGCGUUUCAAAGAUGCUGGUAUGUUUAUGUAUAUUUAUUCAUCCAUUUUGUUAAAUAUUUAGCCACUGUGGGCAUAAGGUUCUCUGUUUCUCUAUGAGAUGAGAGAAUCUAGCUGUGGAAAUUGGAAGGUGUGAAGAAGGAGUUAACAUUUUUCUCAACUUACUGAGGAAAAAUGCUUCUCAUCUUUCUUAAUUUUACUGGCAAGAUGGGUUAAGUUAGAUGGGGCAAGUUAGCAUCUGUCCUCCUCCUUUAUGUGGUAGAUAUUUUGUUUCAGUGAUGUAAAAAAACAUUUUUGUUGGAUUUAGGAAAGAGGCAUUCAGCAGCAACAAGACAUCCAAGUUACAAUUGCAGUUUUUGCAUCAAAAGCAGUAGCUGGUAGGGAGUGGUUUCUGCGCAUUGUUGUGAUGCAACAUGACCCUGAUGAUUCCACAUUCAAGGUAAUUAAGUUAUGGUACCUGCUAUAAAUGAUGUGUCAAAGUUCCACCUGGCUUUUCUCAAUUCUGAGUUUUAGGUUUCCUUGCAAUUUUUGCUAAUGCUAGAGGGGAUCAUCUUUAAGAUGUUGAUUUUUCUUACGCAACCUUCCAUAGCACCAUUUUCUAGACCUAGAAAUACAUCAGAAGUCAUGAAAAAUGACUAAAUGUUAUAUGUUUGAAAUUCUAAAGAAAAAAUAUCCUAGUUACCACAUCAUUCUGAUUUUUCAUAAUCAACUCCCCAAUUUUUGGUCUUGGGAAACAUUCAAAAGGUCCAAAGAUACUGUGGUUGCUAAACAUUCUGAAUUCAUGUCCAAAGAUCUUUCUUCUCUAAUGGCAAUGCUUAUUUAACAUACAUUUUCAAUCUGCUUGUUCCUUAAAGAUGGUGAUGGAUCGUGAACUUGCAAGUAACUACCGCCUCAUGCAGACCCACCCAUUCAGUAUCUCCUCAGACAUAGUCAUAUCACUGAAACACCAGUGCAAACAAUUUAAACUUACCAGUGAAAAUGCUCAAGUAAGUUUUAUGAUCAUUACUAAUGGUUUACCGCAUAUUUCCUGUGGCUGAUUUUCAUUCAGUUAAACCUAGUUUUAGCUAAGCAUGUUUUGCUGGUGUGAAAAUAAAAUAACUAUUAGUACUAGUCAUCAAGUAUUGGUUAUGGAAAACUGAAAAAAAAAUUUUUGGCGGAGUUACAUGUGACCUGCAUUUCAUUUAGGAAAUAGUCCUAAAAGUCAGAACAGAAUAAUAUUUUUAUUAUUUACAAUAUUUACUUACAUUUACUUUAAAUUCCUACUUACAGGAAGUUGGCUAUAAUAUCAUUAAGGACCUUUUGCAUGGUUUUUGGUUUGUGAUCGAGUUUCACCUCGAACACUUGAGCAGUGAUGGGGAACACUUUGUGGGAAAUGUCUGCGUAGAACCCAAAGAUCUUCUUCCUGGUGAAAAGUGUCCUGUAAACAAAAGGGUUAAUCUUGGAAUUAAUGAAGACUUUGAAUUGAAGGUUCAUCCGGUAAGUUAUGAUUGCAUUUGUUCAUUGGCACUUGCUUUUGAAAUGUUUGGAAACCCACUGUUCUAGCUAAGUUUUGCUUGUUAUAUUUAUGCAAGCCUGCAGAGUACCUACAUCUACUAGUCACUUGUAAAAAAAUUGUGGUUUUGUGCUCCAUUGUAAAGUAAUUGUUACCCUUAAGUUUUAGCCUUUUAACUCCUUACACCUUACCAUUAGAUUCUCUCAAUGCUGAUUCUUACACUUCCUGUGGUAAUGACAAGGAGAAUUUGUUUGACAAUCAGGAGCCUCUUUAAUUGGUGGUCUUUUCCAUUAUUCUAAUGUGACCUUUACAUUUGAUUCAAGGGUAAUUCUGCAAGGCAAAAUUAGAAGCCAUUCACUCCUUGGGGUGAAAAGGCUAAGCUUGCUAAUUCUUAAGUUUCAUAGGGACAAGUUACAUUUUUACCCCACGGUAAAGCAUUAUUGUGACAGUUCCACAGCAGGUUGUUUACUGAAAAGAGUAACAGAUCAUUUGUGCACAGAAACUGAAACCUUUUUGAAGGCAAACAAGUUUUACAAAAGAUGAUCAAAUAUUUACCAAACAUUUUGAUUUUGAAUUUCAGCAACGCGUUAAUUGUAAACAACAUGGAAUUCUUCGGGGACAGGCAAACCAGACAAGCAAACAUGUGAUUUCUGAUUAUGCAAAACGGAAAAAAAUGUGUGGAUUGCUUGAUAUUUCCUCAUACAAACAAAACUGGAGAGAUGUUGCUGGAAAGUUGAGGUUUAGCUGGGAGGAAAUAAAGGGCAUCGAGGACAAAGCACAUAGAUGCCCCACCUUUUCACCAAUGGAAGAUGUUCUUACGACAUGGGAACAGAGGGAUCCUGAAAGCAGCUUGGAAAGACUUAUCAGGGUAUUAAGAGACAUUGAACGAUUUGAUGUCAUAAGUGAUCUUGGUUUUCCAGUAGGCUCUGAAAUUUUAUGAUCCAUGCCAUGCUGUUGCUGAUUUAUGAAGAACAAUGAUGAGUGUUAUGGGCUGGUGUACCUGAAAUUUGAAACCAAAUUCACCCUUCAGUAAUUAAAAGCAAAGUGAGGUCCAAGACAAAUAUAUACUUUGUUUGUUUUUAAGUGAGAAAGAAAUCACUGUUUCAAUUUAAUUUUAUGACAGUGAAAUUAACUGACUACUAAAUUGAAAUUGGUCUACUGCAGCCCAGUCCCAAGUAGUUCUCAAGUGUAAGGAAAGGUAGAAAAAUGUAACUGAAAUGACAUUCUCAUGCUUACAUCACUGGUAAGUGCUGGACUUAAGGACUGCUUAAUUUAUAGGGUAUCAUUAGUCGUAUUUCUGGUGUGAAAUUGAAAUUAAUUUUUCUAAAAUGUCUCUUCAUUUUUUUGAUCAGUUUAUGCUCCUUGAUGAGUUUCCCAUUUUGAAUGGAUUACAAAAUUUUCAUCUUGAAAAGUCAUUUUACUUAAAUAGUACUGUAUCAUUCAAUUUUUUGUUAAAAAAAAAAAAAAAAAAAAAAAAAAAAGGCCAGAAUUCUUGGUUCUUAAAAAUCAGUGCCAAUAUAAAACUCUUAUCUCAGGGUCAGAGAAAAUGGUUGAAAAACAGCCUGUUUACUGUGAACAAGUUUUAGCUCUUGGAGAUGGAGGGGGCUGGGGUGGAGAGUUUUGAGACGACAGGUUUUACAGAUACUUGGGUGUAGCUUUGGUAUCUACCCUAAUUUGGUUUGGAUUAGGAACUAACAUGUCAAAAGGUAGAAUAAACCUGCUAGGGUUUGUAAUGGUCACAAAAAUGCUUGUAUUUGUUUACAGUUUUUAUACAUUUCUGUCUUUUUUUCCUAAUUUUUUAAACAAAUCUUCUUUGUACAAGGCAUUUUCAUAACUUUAAUGGCAACUUGCUCUACCAUUGCAGUAGGUUCCUUUAAUAUACAGUUUCAGUGUAAUACUUUUUUGGUGUAUAUUUUGAUGAGGUAAUUGACAAAGGUAACCUACAUGUAGGUUACAACAUGUGCAUGGCACCAAAACUAAAUGUUUGUUUCUUCCUAUGGGAGUUGUUAUAAAGUAAAAGUUUCACUUUAAGUUUACUGAAAUAAAUGCAUUUUUACAAAAAUGUGCCUCCCCUUAUAAAUCUACCAAGUAAGUUCCCUAAAAACAUGUCUUUGGUUUUAUACAAAACCAACAAAAUCACCAAAG